UGUUAUUACUAAAAUGAAAUAAAAAUUAUGACCAGUACAUCCAGUUGACGAUUCCAUAGUUGUAUCAUAUCCUAGAUCAAUUAAGCAGCCUCCCCAGAUUUUGGAUAUGUGUUUCUAUAAAUACCCAAACUUCAAUUUUCUUUCGUGAAUUUAGUCAAAAUAUAAUCCUAUUUUAAUUCACCGCCAAGAUCCAUCAAUGGCAAGAACCUUGUUCAUACUUCUCCUAGCGGUUGUGUUGGUCCAAGGGAGGUUUUUGUCGGAUGAUGAUGGUGAGGUGGUUUCUGAUGGAGUCCACGACCAUUACCAUGCUCAUGCUCAUGCGGCUAACCAAUCUGUAGACCAGUCGUCGUUUCUUGCUCUCGGCGGGCCACGCCUAUCGUCCUCGUCUUCCUCGACAUGCGACCACGCUUAUGGGUUCUUCCCCUGCGCGGAGAACAUCCCCGGCUACCUUUUCCAGAUAGUGAUUUUCCAGUACUUGAUGAGCGUGGCAGAGCAGCUGGUGAGCAGUUCAAGCAAGAAGAUCUUUGAUACUCUGGGCACUGGGAUUUUCGGCGCCACUGUCUUCCGAAUCCUCAUGGUUUUUCCCAGAAUCAUCAUGACAAUCUCGUCGGGGAUAUUCAACAGCCAAGAGGGUGCACAGAACCAGGUGUUCUUUGGUAUCAGGGUUAACGCCGGAGCCACCAUCUUUAACCUCACAGUACUUUGGGGUCUCUGUGUAAUAGUCGGCCGGAGAGACAGAGCCACUCAAGAAAAGGAUUCCCAGUCUCAGCCCUCAACCCAAUCUUUCGCUUCCAAUUGGUUGAAGACUUUGAACGAAUGCGGUAUUUCAACGGAUGCCUCAACUUCUUUCACGGCCGGGCUUAUGCUGUUGUCGUUGGUGCCUUUUGUGUUGGUGGAACUAGUCAAUGUUGUCUCCUCCGCGUCUGGGCAGCGAAUUGUGGUUUUGGUUGCUCUCAUUAUCACCGUUGCAUUUCUUCUCGCCUAUUUCGGUUAUCAGAUUAUAGAUCCAACGAUCCAAAAAAGAAGCUUGCACUAUUCAAGGUUUGAGAAUCUUCUCACACAAAAUGGGAAGCCCAAUGUUUCACGCAUUCGACUUUUCUUCCAUUUGUAUGAUUCCGACAACAACCAGCAGAUGUCGUCACGAGAACUGGAGAAGUUUCUUCGAUUAAUAGUGACGGAUGAAGUGCAACGUAUGGUGGCAGUGAAGACGAUGAUGAAGGAUCUGGAUAGAGAUGGAAACAGCAGAAUCACCGAACAAGAGUUUCUUAAUGGAAUAGAAAACCUGCUUGCCAAUAAUUCCUCAGCCGACAACGCGGCCGCCGCCACACCAACUUCUACACCUGAAAAUGAUGACCAGGAGAAAAGCGGAGAAGAGACAAACGGCGCAGCGGGAGAGGUAGAGCAGGCGGGCGGAGAGAAAAUGGGGACAUGGGAUUUCAUAGUAACAGUGUUGCAAGUGAUAUUGGGAGUUGCGAUAUUGACGUUUUGUGCACAGCCCUUAAUGACUAAUGUGAUACAAUUCUCUGGCGCUGUGGGAGUGCCUACCUUCAUCAUCUCCUUCGUCGUGCUCCCUAUAGUCAUCAAUGGCAGGAUGGCCAUAGCAGCCAUUUUUCCAGCAAGUCAAAAGAGCUCCAAAGCUGCUUCUUUGACAUUUUCUGAGAUAUAUAAUGGAGUGACAAUGAGCAACCUAACAGGGCUGCUAUCAUUGCUAGCAGUGGUGUAUGCAAGGGAGUUAACAUGGGACUAUUCUGCAGAAGUGUUGGUGGUUUUUGUCAUAUCUCUCACAAUAGGCUUUCUUGCUUACUUCAAAACCACAUAUCAACUAUGGACCAGCAUCUUUGCCUUCUUCCUUUAUCCCUUCUCCUUGGCUCUCUUUUACGUUCUCCAGCUACUGGGAUGGAACUAACACCCCCACCCCACUCUAGUUAGCUAGCUAGCUUUUUGUUUUUAUGUGCAUGUAUAAUGUAUUGUUAGUCUAAUUAUAUAUGAAGUUAAUUGUAAGCUGAUCAUUUCAUUAUUAUAUUAUAUGCAGUACGUACUGUAAAAUCAUUUUCCGAUGAGAUAUAUAUAAUAUUUGUGUUGAAUUAUUGUGUCUUUUUCUUAAUCUUAGCUUUACAAUAGAUACAUGUAUAAUCCAAUAAUUAUUGUAUGGACCAACCUGAUCGUAUUAUAUUAU